AUGAAGGUCACUGAUGAGCCUGCGCUGGCGACGCCCACCUCGACAUUAAACCAUCCUGUUUCUUCUACGCAAAAAUGGAACACAAAAAACCUGGCAUGGCGACUAACCGCUGAUGCAACUGGUGCUGCUUGUGCCGGUGCCUUGGUCGCACCAGUCAUUUCCAUCAUUGACAGAUCCAUCAUGGAAAAUGCAUCUGGCCGCAGCUCCCUGCUCGACUCAAUCCGCUCCUCCGUUCGAAACCUCCUUCUACGACCUUCAUCUGCGCUCUUCUCCCGACCAUGCGCCCUCAUCUUCAUGCUAUACGGCGGCACAUACCUGACAGCCAAUGCCCUCGAUACGGCAACCUCCACCAUCACCAAUAGAUCACCAACUACUGUUUCUUCCGGCGCAGGAAAAUUCGUCGCCUCGUCAGCUGCCAAUGUUGGCCUAUGCAUGUACAAGGACCGUUCUUUCGUCCGCAUGUUUGGCCCCGUCGGCUCAGGACCUCGUCCAGUGCCGCUGCCCUCCUAUGCUCUAUUCACACUGCGCGACUGCUUGACGAUAUUCGCCUCGUUCAACAUCCCACCCCUUCUCGCGCCCUAUAUAGAUUCUCGAGUAUCCGCUGCAUUCAAGAAGCAAAUUUCAGGCCAAACGGCAGCACAAUUCCUCGCCCCUGCAGCAGUCCAACUCUUCUCCACGCCGCUACACCUCCUUGGAUUAGAUUUAUAUAAUCGCCCUAGUCAACCGCAUGCCAGUAUCUCAUGGCGCGAUCGCUUCGAACUCGUUCGAUCGAACUGGCUGAUAAGUUCUGCGGCGAGAGUAUGCCGUAUUGUUCCCGCAUUUGGCGUGGGAGGGGUGGUGAACUUCAAGGUCCGGCGAAACUUGAUGGCGAGGUUGGAAUAA